UCACUUCUCGGAAGCUAGACUCGUCUGAGUCCUGGGCGCAAACAUGGCGUCCUCCACCUCUGCUCGGACACCGGCAGGGAAGCGAGUGGUGAAUCAGGAAGAACUGAGGCGGUUGAUGCGGGAGAAGCAGCGCCUGAGCACCAACCGGAAGAGGAUAGAAUCUCCAUUCGCCAAGUACAACCGUCUGGGGCAGUUGAGCUGCGCGCUAUGUAACACCCCGGUCAAGAGCGAGCUCCUGUGGCAGACCCAUGUUCUGGGAAAGCAGCACCGGGAGAGAGUAGCGGAGCUGAAAGGCGCCAAAGAAGCAGCCCAGGGCCCGUCGACCGGCACUGCACCUCAGCCCACCAAGAGGAGAGCGACGGAUGUGGAGAGCCAAGACGCCAAGAAAGCCAAGGCCUCCGUGGGACCUCAGGUACAGCCCUCCACCUCAGGCUCGUCCGCCAACUUUGAGAAAUCGGGGAAAGAUGCCGCUAGGGCGGCCCCCAGUAAACUUGGACUCGGUUUACUCCCUGAUUAUGAAGAUGAGGAAGAGGAGGAAGAAGAAGAGGGAGGUGGAGAAGAAAGAAGGGACUGCAGCAAGCAUCCUCCGGAUGCACUGGGCAGAGAACACUCGCUUGCCUCUCCGAGGGAGACCACAAGCAGUGUGCUGCCAAACGACCCCUUUAAUACAAAUCCUCCCAAGGCCCCCUUAGUUCCUCAUUCAGGGUCAAUUGAGAAAGCAGAAAUACACGAAAAAGUGGUGGAAAGAAGAGAGAACACCGCCGAAGCAUUACCAGAAGGGUUCUUCGACGACCCUGAGGUAGAUGCAAAGGUUCGGAAGGUUGAUGCCCCAAAGGAUCAGAUGGACAAAGAGUGGGACGAGUUUCAAAAGGCUAUGAGGCAAGUCAACACUAUCUCUGAAGCGAUUGUUGCUGAAGAGGAUGAGGAGGGACGAUUGGACCGGCAGAUUGGAGAGAUUGAUGAGCAGAUCGAGUGUUACCGUCGGGUGGAAAAGCUGCGGAAUCGCCAGGAUGAAAUAAAAAACAAACUUAAAGAGGUUUUGACCAUAAAAGAACUUCAGAAAAAGGAAGAGGAGAAUGUGGACAGUGAUGACGAGGGAGAAUUACAGGAUUUGCUGUCUCAGGACUGGAGGGUAAAGGGGGCUUUGCUCUAAGGUUUUGAAGACCCAAGCUUUCCAUAGGUCUCCGCUGACCCUUAAAAAGUGCUGAGUCCAAGUUCUUGGGUUCUUCUGUCCUUGGACCCUUAAUUGUUGGGAUGAAGUAAGCCAGUGAGCAGUAUACUUUGGGGAUGGUACUGCGUGCGGUGCUAUGUAUUAUAAAGUGUUUGAGGUAAAACUGUUUUUGACAUUUUUGAAAUUAGAACCACAAAUUGCCAACUUUUUCAUCUUUACAGGCCCAAUGUGUUUCAGUUGUAAAAUCUAAGUUGUAAAUAUUGCACAUAUCUAAGUAUAUAUUUAUACAAGUCACUCUGUUUUGAACCUUAUAGAAGUCAGAUAAAACAGACACGUUUAUACAACCUCGAUGUAUAUAUACUAUCAAGCCUUAAACUCCAAGGGUUGGCGCUUUGGGAAGGUUGUUUUUAGAAGGCAACUCAUAAACACAUAUUCUUCAUAAAGCAGUGAAUGUGUAUUCUUUUUUUUUUUUUCAAAAGCAUAUAAAUGCCUAGUCUCCUUAAGCACAGCAUUUCUUUUGACAAGACCAGUAAUGUACAUCAGUAUCACCUGUGAAACUUAUGACUGUUCACGGAAUGUCAAAUCGCCUGUGAAGCUUUAGUGCCUGGGCCUUAACCUUAGAUUCCAUAAAUCUAAGUGGGAUCCAGAUGACAAUAUUGAAUAUUCCCAGGUUAUUCUAAUAUAUGCCCCAGUUGGAGAUGCAGCUGCCCUAAAUGUAAAACCUAUUUAUAUAUUUUUUCAGGCUUUGUUUUCCUUGAACAUGUUCUGUAGUUGCUGUACUCCCUGCCCCCCGAGUGGUGCUAAAGAGAUAGGGCUGCUGGAAUACUAGGCAAGUAUUCUACCACCACCAAGCCAGUUUUUGAAUGAAGAAAAUAUUA